GUGAUAGGCCGGAUGUGGAGCGGUCCACAUAGAGCUCCUCAUCCUCCACAGGCAGGACAGCAGGAAGCCGAGGUCCAGAGGUGGUGAGGACAGGCAGGAGAGAAGAUGGAGAGAAGGGCUGCUCACAUCCACAGGAUGCUGUUUCUGGCUGCGUGCCUUCAACUGGAGGUGGCUGUUGCAGGGAUGCUGAAAGUUGAUAGCACCCAGGUUGAAGGCAGCGGCGCUGACACCAUCAGCCACUCCCUGACCCUGGUUCAGCGUCUGGAGGCUCUGCUGCUUCAGGGCAAUGGAAGUGACGUGGCUCUGCGGGUGGAGACGCCCAACGCCGACGAGGUGAAGGUGAUCCAGACUCACUCUCUGGUCCUCUCCCUGCAGAGCCCCGUGUUUGAGGAGAUGCUGGUGAGCCGCAAUGGCAGCACGCUGGUGCUGAGAGAGAGCUCAGACUGCGCCGCUGUGUUUGACAAGUUCAUCAGGUAUCUGUAUUGUGGAGAGAUUUCUCUGCGUCUGGAACAAGCCAUGCCUCUGCACAAGUUGGCCUCUAAGUACCAGGUGCUAAGUCUCCAGCAGGGUGUCACUCAUUACAUGACCCUGAAUCUGGCCAGAGACUCCCCAUCGGGCCACGUCGCGGGCUGGUACGAGUACGCCCUGCAGGCCGGGGACGCCACUCUGAGGGAGAGCUGCCUGCAGUAUCUGGCCUGGAACCUGUCGUCGGUGCUGCAGAGCGGGGAGUGGGUGACCAUCAGCAGUCAGCUCCUCAUGACCCUGCUGCAGCGCUCAGACCUCAUCCUGCAGAGUGAGAUGGAGCUCUUUGCAGCGCUGGAAGCCUGGAUUAUCCAAAAUGAGCCAGAUGGUCUGACGGCAGAGAAUGCACUGAGAGCUGUGCGUUAUGCCAUGAUGCCCCCACAGGAGCUCUUCCGACUGCAGACCCAGUCCACAGUCCUGGCUCGCUAUCAGGAGUCAGUGCGCGACCUGCUCUACAUGUCCUAUCAGUUUCAUUCAGCUUCGCCACUGCAGAUGGCCAAAUACUUUGAUGUGAACUGCAGCCUCUUCGUGCCCAGGAACUACCUCUCCCCAGUGUGGGGUUCACCAUGGAUCAUCAACAACCCCACCCGGGAUGACCGCAGCAUCAGCUUCCAGACCCAGCUAGGGCCCAGCAGCCACGAUGCCAGCAAGCGAGUGACGUGGAACGCGUUGUUCUCACCCCGCUGGUUACCCCUCAGCAUGAGGCCGAUGUUCACGGAGACGGGCGCCAUGCAGCCAACACGUGUGGAAGGCGGACGCCCUCGCAUCAUCAUCACCCCAGCCACGUCCAGUGCCGACUUUGCCGGAGUGAACUUCCAGAAGACGGUGCUUGUGAUGGCUCGGCAGCAGGGGAAGCUGGUGGCGAAGCACGUCUAUAACUUCCACCAGAGCACCGAGGAAAACGGCGACUUCUUGGCUGACGCUGACCUGCACCGCCGGACGUCUGAGUACCUUGUAGACAGCUCCCUCAUCCUCCAUAUUGUAGUAAAACCAUUGUACCAAACCCUCAUAACCACUAAGAACUAAUCCCACUUAGCUCCACCAUCCAGCCCUCACUCAUAUCCCACCGGGGGCCUGAAUCCUCGCUGGUGC